CAAGAAAACCUGUCCCAAGUUUUUCCUGACCCAUAUACCAGUUAAAGAAGAAGCUUCAUGGGACUGUAAAGUGCUGCAGAUUGUGUUGAGCUUCAACGCUACACUUCUUAACAGAUGUACUCAAUUCGAAGUCUGCCUACAAUGCUGUAUCGGGAACGUGCAGAGGAGGAUGGGGUCGAGGACAUGACACAGCUUGAGGAACUGCAUGAAGGUGCUGUGCUACUGAAUUUGAAGAAAAGGUUUGAACGCAAUUUGAUAUAUACAUACAUUGGAAGUAUCCUGGUGUCUGUUAACCCCUACAAGAUGUUCAACAUCUAUGGAACAGACAUGGUUCUGCAACACAAAGGACACGCGCUUGGAGAAAAUCCUCCACAUUUAUUUGCUAUUGCAAAUGCUUCAUACACUAAAAUGAUGGAUGCCAAAGAAAACCAGUGCAUUAUUAUCAGUGGGGAGAGUGGCUCGGGUAAAACAGAGACCACAAAACUGGUUCUACGCUAUUUAGCUGCAAUACACCACAAGCAGAACAUCACACAGCAGAUUCUCGAAGCAACUCCUCUUCUAGAGUCUUUCGGAAAUGCCAAAACUGUGCGGAAUGAUAACUCCAGUCGAUUUGGGAAAUAUAUGGAAAUAUUUAUGGAAGAUGGGGUAAUCAGCGGUGCCAUAACCUCACAAUAUCUACUUGAAAAGUCCAGGAUUGUGUUUCAGGCCAAAGAUGAAAGAAACUAUCACAUUUUUUAUGAGAUGCUUGCAGGCCUUCCUUCCCAGCAGAAGCAGUCUUUCUACCUCCAAGACGCGGAGACGUAUUAUUAUCUCAAUCAGGGUGGAGACUGUGUGAUUGUUGGCAAAAGUGAUGGCGAGGACUUCCGCAGGCUCCUCAGCGCCAUGGAAAUACUUCACUUCAGUGCCGAAGACCAGAACGGUAUCUUCAGGGUCCUGUCUUCCAUCCUCCACUUAGGAAAUGUCUUCUUCGAGAGAUAUGAGACUGAAUCUCAGGAAGUGGCAUCAGUUGUGAGUGCUCAGGAAAUCCGGGUGGUUGCUGAACUUUUACAGAUUUCUCCUGAGGGUCUACAGAAGUCCAUUACUUUCAAAGUCACGGAAACAAUGAGGGAGAAGAUUUACACCCCCCUCACUGUUGAGAGUGCAAUUGAUGCCAGAGAUGCUGUUGCCAAGAUCCUGUAUUCCCUUCUGUUCAGUUGGCUAACAGACAGAAUAAAUAAGCAGGUUUAUCCUCGGAAUGAAGCUCUAUCUAUUUCCAUCCUUGAUAUCUAUGGAUUUGAGGAUCUUACCUUCAACAGUUUUGAACAGCUUUGCAUAAAUUAUGCAAAUGAGUACCUUCAGUUCUUUUUCAACAGGGUCAUUUUCAAAGAAGAACAAGAUGAAUAUAACAGAGAGCAGAUCAUCUGGGAAGAGGUGCCUUUCUCUGACAACCAGGCCUGCAUUGACCUCAUUGCAGCAAAGCCUCAUGGGAUACUGCGAAUUCUGGAUGAUCAGAGCGGGUUUCCACAGGCUACAGACCAUACCUUCCUUCAGAAGUGUCACUAUCAUCAUGGCAACAAUCCACUGUAUUCCAAGCCAAAAAUGCCUCUCCCUGAAUUUACUAUCAAGCAUUACGCUGGCAAGGUCUCCUAUCAGGUCCACAAAUUUCUGGAUAAGAAUUACGAUCAAGUACGCCAGGAUGUUCUUGACCUUUUUAUUCAGAGUAAAAACAAGAUGGUUGCAUAUCUGUUCAUGAACUAUGCUGAGGCCCUCAACCAACAGAGAUCCCAAACUGGAAAAAACAGCACAGUAACACGACGCCAUCAGGCCUCAACGGUGGCGGCCAAGUUUCAGCAAUCCCUCAUGGAGCUCAUUGAGAAGAUGGAGAGAGCCAACCCAUAUUUUGUGCGGUGCAUAAAGCCAAACCAAAACAAGGAGCCUGCUGUCUUUGACAUGGAGCUGGUCAGCGCUCAACUUUGCUAUUCUGGGAUUUUGGAAACAGUUCGAAUCAGGAGAGAGGGCUAUCCCAUCAGAAUGCCAUUUGAUGUCUUCCUUUUCAGAUACAAGUCCCUGCUGGGCCUGAAACAGCCUCCUCCUGCCAAUGGUGAAAACUGUGUCAUUAUGUUGAGGAAGCUUUGUCCCGUUAGACCAGGAGCGUUUCAAGUCGGUGUCUCCAAGUUGUUCAUGAAAGAGGAAAUCUACUUCCUGCUGGAGAGUAAGAGGGACAGGGUACGGCACGUGGCUGCUCUUACUCUUCAGCGUUACACCAGGAUGUUUUUUGUGAGAAAACGCUAUACUGCCUUCCGCAUGAAGAUCAUACGACUACAGGCCCACUGCCGAGGCUUUCUCACAAGGAAACGGUAUGUUAAAAUGAGAGCGAGCCUGGUGAAGUUCCGCUCGCUGAUCCAUAUGUAUGUUGAUCGCAAGAGAUACAUCAGGCUGAGAUAUGAGGCCAGGAGGAAGGCAGAAGAGGAGCAGAGGAGAAUAGAAAUGGAGCUGUCAAAACGGGAAGUGGUCAAUGUUACUCAUCUGGUCAUUCCAGCUGAACUCGGAGCGUUGCUUCAGGCAGCAGCUGGUGGUCGAGAGCUCCAUUCUGAUUGUUUGGCUUUAGUUCAGGCUCCCACAGUCCAGGUGGAGACACAGCUCCCGCUGCCUCUCGACAUCAACAACUACACCAUCUCCAAAUUUGUCCAGAUUCACUUCAAAGAGCCAAAGUUUGGAAUGUUAACUGCACCUUUGAAGACACCACUGACCCAUGUUGAUGACGACCUUACUCAUGAGGCUCUAGACGUCUUUGUCAUGAUCUUGAGGUUUAUGGGUGACCCACAUCUAAAUGGUGCUCAGGAGAACUUAUUCGGAAACUACAUCAUCCAGAAGGGACUGACCAACCUCGACUUGCGGGAUGAAAUCCUAUGUCAAAUUGCCAAUCAGGUUUGGAGAAACACCAAUCCAGAUAACUCAGAGAGAGGCUGGCUGCUGCUGUUAGCCUGCCUGAGUGCAUUCGCACCAUCAGCCAAAGUGGAGAAAUACCUUCUGAAAUUUGUCUCAGACCAUGCCUAUAAUGGAUUCAAAGCAGUUGGCCAACACAAGCUCAUUCAAGCCAUGCAGAAGUCCCUGUAUGGACCCGAGACAGCGAGGACUUACCCAUUGUCUCUGCUGGAAUGGACAGCCAAUAGGAAGAAAGCAAACAUGGUUUUGCAAGUUCACUGUUUUGACGGGACAUCUUUCCUGUGCCCUGUUCACUCCUGGACGAGCGGAGAGGAGCUAGCUGGAGAUAUUCUACAGCACAGGGGUGUGACGGAGGCCUGGAAGGGCUGCUCUGUCAUCAUGAAGGAGCACGGACAGUGGGCAGAGCUCGCUGGCCACGAUUACGUGAUGGACCUAAUCGCAGACAUGGAACUGAUGAGAAACUUCCCAAAGCAAAAGUCCUACUUCAUCAUCUCUGCUGAGAGUCCCACCAGAACCAGGCCCAAUGCCGGCCUGACUCUGUUUGGAAGUGGAUUUGACUCUGAUGAUGACAGCUCACUUCUGCUCCCUCAGACUAUGCUCAGCUCCAGCCUCCCAGAUUCUGAUGGAUAUUACAGCCAUGCAGAAUCAGACUUUAGUGAAGCACCAACUCAGAAAGGCAUGGACCGAUAUCUAGACAGCUUGUUUGACCCCGUGCUGUCUGAUGGGAAUGGGGAUUUUGAGAAGUCAUCCAGCAUGUCGAGCCGAAUGAAGGGAGCCGGUGGGAUUGGAGGGGAGAAUGGUGACCUGGAGAAGCCCCUCUCCAGCAGGCCGUAUCCUCCAGGACUGCAGCCCGGCGGUGUAGAUCCAGCUGUUUUAGCACAGCAUCAGCAAGCCAUCAUCAACCAGCAAGCGAUUAUACUGGCUCAGCAGAUGACAAUGCAAGCCAUGGCCCUCCAGCAGCAGAUGUAUAAUUCAGUGCAUCACCCACACAGUGAGCUUGUGCCUGCUGCCCGUUCCAGCCAGUACAGCCCGAGUAAACAAGACAUUGGACCUGUUUCCUACAAACCAGCGCCUGUUUCUCCACCACAGAAAUCUUCACAGCGACACUACAGCCCACCGAGGAGGGAACCACCGUCAGGAGAGGUGGUGAGAGCCACAGUCUCAAACACUGAAUAUUUAGAGCCAAGUCACAACAUCAAAGACAUCAUCAAGCAGUACCAGACCAACCCCGUAAAACCAGCAGAGAUUCCCAGGAGGGAAGCUAAGGUGUUUUCGAAGAAACCAGAUCCCCAUGAUGAAGCUAUGAUGAUCCUUAAGGAUCAGAUGAGUGCUCCUCCUCAACAGCGAAAGAAAACCUACACUCCAGUCCCUCCUUCAUCAUCUGCAAAGGAGUUCAGCUAUGAUGGUGGGCCAAUGAAACCAGUUAAAAGCGUAACAACGAAGCGUUCACCACCUGUGCCAGCUGUUAGUCAGAGAUUCCCAGCCCCUGCGCCUGUAUCUAGAGAUCUUCCAGUAGAAGAGGAGAAUGUUCAGACUCAACUGCACAAGAGGAGCAGCGAAGAGCACUACACCUACACCAACGUGCCCUGGAAGAUCUAUCUGAGAAAAGAGGUUUUCUAUCCGAAAGACAGCUUCAACCACCCACUAAUCCUAGACUUAUUGUUUAAGCAGAUUGUUCACGACACAUUCUCAGAAGCUUGUAUUCGCAUUACAACAGAAGAAAGGCAGAAGAUGAAAUCCAUUUUUGCGGAGCACAGCAUCGACGCCAGUGCCACAAUCCAGGAUGAGAAUGUGAAGAAGAAGGUUGUGGUUGCUGCAAAAGACACCUGGGACAUUUACUUCUCACGCCUCUUCCCAGCAUCUGGCAGUGUUGGCACCGGGGUCCAGGUGCUGUCUGUGUCACAUAGAGGGAUCAAGCUUUUAAAAAUGGUCAGGAGCAGUGCGGUCGCCCCAGAUUACUUCAGAGUCCUGCGACCUUACAGCUACACAGACAUCAUGUUUGUCACCAUUCCCUCCAAAAACAUGCUGGAGUUCAACCUCAACAAUGAGAAAUUGAUUCUUUUCUCUGCCAAAGCUCCUCAGGUCAAAACUAUGAUUGACUACUUCAUCACAGAGCUGAAGAAGGAUUCAGACUAUGUCGUUGCUGUGCGUAAUUACAUUACAGAUGACAGAACGCUGCUGAGCUUUCACAAGGGAGACAUCAUUCGCUUGCAGAAAAUGGAAGGACUGGAUGCAGGCUGGAAGUUUGGGGCCAUUCAUGGGCGAUCGGGGGUUUUUCCUGUGGAGUUUGUUCAGCCGGUCGCUGCUCCUGACUUCAUUAACAUUCCUGUGGACAAGAAAGAAGAGCCCAAGAAUAAGCAGGGUCGUGUGGCCGCCUCUGCCGCCGUGGCUGUGGCUGUGGGUUCUUCUGCCGCAGCCCACGAACUGGACCGCACCAUUGAGGUGGCGUCUCCUGUCAGUGAGUAUACAGAAGCCUACACAGACAGUGCUGAUAUGGACAUUGAUGAGAGAAUCCUGCAGGACGUCCAGUACAACAUGGUGGAGUUUGCCAAGAAAUAUUUCAGAGGGGCCCAGAGAAAAAACGGCGGUGACUCAUAUAAGAAAAAGUCAAAGAAAUCAAAGGAACCCAGGGAUCCAUCGGAAAUGGUGAAAUUCUCCAAGUCCCCAAUCCAAGAGUCCCUGAUUGAGUUCACUGAUGAAAACCUGAACAAAGUAGCUGCAGAGAUUUUUCUUGCUAUAAUGAAGUUUAUGGGCGACUACCCUAUGAAAGGCCAGGCUGAGCAGGACGUCAUCAGCACCAUCCUACGGCUGAGUGGCGAGUAUGGACUAAUGAGGGAUGAAGCGUACUGCCAAGUGCUCAAGCAGAUCACUGGAAACACCAGCUCCAAGACGGAGAGUUGUCAGAGAGGUUGGAGGCUGCUGUACAUCUUCACUGCAUACUACAAGUGUUCAGAAGUGCUCAAACCGUACCUGCUGAAGUACCUUCAAGAUGUUUGUGCAAGUCCUGGAGUGCACUUUCAAGGUAUAGCAAAGGCUUGUGAGCAGAACCUAAGGAAGACGUUCCAGUAUGGCGGACGCAUUGAGCAUCCUAAUGGGAUGGAAUUGAAAGCUAUGCUGGCUGGAAGGAGCUCCAAACGCCAGUUGUUUCUUCUUCCUGGUGGAAUUGAGCGCCACCUGAAGAUCAAAACCUGCUCAGUGGCUCUGGAUGCCAUUGAAGAGCUGUGCUAUGAAAUGGGUCUGCAUAAACUUGAGGCUUUGGAUGAAUAUGCUGUUUUUGUGGUCACAAAUAGAGGUCAGAACGUCCGCCCUCUGAACAAAAGGGAGUACAUCUUGGACAUCACUACUGAGGCUGAACACGUUGACAGCAACUACAGCCUGUGGUUUCGAAGAGUGAUCUGGACGCAGCCCCUAAAGUUUGACAACGAGCUUGGAGUCACUAUGCAUUACAAUCAGGUGUUCCCCGACUACUUGAAAGGGCUGCUCAAUGUUCUCCCGCAGGGUAAGGUCAGCGAGCAGCAGCUUCAGCAAGUGGCAAAACUGGCAGCGCUGCAACACCGUGCCAAGGACUCGCUCUACCUGCCCACCAUCCAUGAGGUUCAGGAGUAUAUUCCCACCCAGCUCUCCGGUCUCCAGCGGGCCCAGCAGUGGUUAAACAUGGCGACCCAACAUAUGCAGCAGGUGCAGCCCCUCAGUCCGCAUCAGGCCAAGGCUCAGUUUCUGGGACUCGUGAGUGCUUUUCCUAUGUUUGGCUCAUCAUUCUUCUACAUACUGAGCAGCAGCAACAGUGCUGUCGACACCCCCUGUGUACUGGCUGUCAAUCAAAACGGUCUGAACUUUUUGAGCAAAGAGACUCAUGAGCCAAUGGUGAAGUUCCCGCUGAAGGAAGUCCAGUCCACUCGUACACAGAGGCCCACAGCUGGCUCUAGUUACCCCUAUGUGGAGAUAAUGCUGGGUGACCUAAUGUCUCAGCGCAUUACCCAGUUACAGCUGGAACAGAGUCUGGAGCUGUGUCGUGUGGUGGCCAUGCACAUGGAGAACCUGCUGUCGGUGCGAGAGAAAAGACUUACUCUGCCGCCCAGUGAAAUCACCCUCCUCUAGCACCCCUGCCUCACACAUGUUUUUUAUUAUUACUUUAUGACAAUAAUUGCAAUCAGGCACUAUUACACUCCCACAAGUCCACCUGUCAUUAUUGCUAGUGCAAUGUGUCUGCUUGCAGUUUCAAACCAGGUUCAAGAAUUAGCUUGUUAUUUACAAUACUUUGCAUGCAUUCCAUUAGGCUGAACAUAUGUGCCCAUAAUUGAAAACAGCUUAUUGCUACCUCUAGUUCUGGACACACGAUCAACAAGAGUUUAUUUUUUUAUUAUAAGAGAGAGAAAGAGGAAACAAUUUUAGCCACUGAUUUAUUUUUAGGCUCUGAUUUGCACUACUUGAGAUGAUCAUGUUUUAAGUAUUUAUAUAUUGUUUGCAUUUUUGUUAAAUUCUCUAUGUGGACAGGAAAUGCACUAUAUGUACAAUGAAUAUAGGUUUAAUAUUCAAAUAAAAAUAAUUCACAGCUGUAA